AUGACAUCAUCUAGACUUCUAAGGUAUGCUUCGUUCCUUCAAGGAUUUAACUACAAAAUUCAACAUAAAAAAGCAGAGGAACAUCUUCAUGUAGAUUGCUUGUCGCGAAACCUUUCAACCGAUUCAUUUCAAAAAUUUAAAUUUUUCCUAGACGACGAAAUCAAAGACCUUCAAGACGAAAUUAUCAAUCAAAUAUCAACCGUGUCGUUAACAGCAACAUCUAUAGCGAAGGAAACAGAAAAAGAUUCAAAAUUGUCGAAACUUAAACAGGAUUUACUUAAAGGCCAAAUAGAAAAAUCAGAUUAUUCUUUACAAGAUGGUGUUAUUUUUAAAGGAAAUCGCGUCGUUAUUCCAAACACUCUUCAAGACGAAGUCCUUAAAGAAUUGCAUCGUACUCAUAUCGGAAUUGUGAAAAUGAAACAACUGGCUCGUAAAUAUUGCUAUUGGAAUGGAAUAGACUCAAGCAUAGAAAAACUCGUCAGGUCUUGUGAAAAAUGUGCUCUUUGUAAGAAUAGUCCUCCUCAGAUCACUACUCAUCAUUGGGAUGAACCAAAUGCUAAUUUCGAUAGAGUACAUAUUGAUUACGCUGGUCCAUUGCAAGGUUAUAAUUUCUUCGUUCUAAUCGAUGCAAAAUCAAAGUGGCCAGAAAUCAAAGUUACAAAUUCAGCUCCUACAUCAGAGGUAACUAUCAAAUUUCUUCAAGCAACACAUGGUCUACCAAAAGUUAUUGUAUCAGAUAACGCUUCGAUUUUUCAAAGCAAUGAAUUCAAAGCAUACUGUAAGGAAAAUGGUAUAAUGCAAAAAUUUAUAGCACCAGGACAUCCAGCUACAAACGGGUUAGCCGAACGAUAUAUUAAAACAUUAAAAUCAAAAUUAAACGCGAUGUCAGAAGAAGAAGGCUCAAUACAUAAUAAAGUACGUGAAAUAUUAUAUCGUUAUAGAGCAACACCUUUAUCAAAUGGUAAAAGUCCAGCACAACAAUAUCUUGGAAGAGAGAUGAGAAUCAAAUUAGAUUGCCUAUGUCCUGUUAAAUAUGAAAAAUCUUCCAACGAAAAAGUCAACUCAAUUCGAAAUUUAAGUGUGGGAGAUAGAGUUCAGUCAAGAUUUUACUCAAACGGAAAGCCAGCUUGGAAAUUUGGAGUUGUUAAGAAAAAGUUUGGUCAACUGCAUUAUGAAAUGGAGCUCGACAAUGGAUAUGUAUUAAAACGCCAUAUAAACCAAUUAUACAAAUCAGAAGUGGUUUUACCCGAAAAGGAAAAUACUAUUCAAGAAGAUCAACCGAAAAGAAGUGAUCCAAGUAUAGAUGAAAUACAAAUUCAAUUUGAGCAAGUUCCAGUAAUUCCAGGAAGUUUUGAAGUUCGAAGACAAUCAGGAAUAGAGACAAUGAACAUUCCUGAAAAUCGAAUACACACAGACAUAGAACCAAGCAACAUUCCUGUUCCAAAUCGAAGAAGAAUAGAAACCGACGGCGGCCAGGAUAUCUUCAAGAUUAUGAAUAAAAUAGUGUGGGAGAUUGUUGUAUAUAAAUAUUCAUAUAUAUGA